UGAAAGCCUAUGUCCACCAGUGUAAAUAAGCAGCAGUGUAUGCAGACUCCCUCUUGCACACCAUGCCUGCACUUUAUCGGAUACUUCUACUGUUCUCUGUGGUAAUAGCCUCUAUGGCACUACAGAGGCCUCCACGAACUAAGAGAGGGCUACUGGAGCUGGCAGGAGUCAUCAAGUGCAGCACAGGCAGAUCAGCCCUGGCUUAUAUGAUGUAUGGCUGCUACUGUGGACUGGGGGGUCAGGGCUGGCCCAGGGAUAAAGCAGACUGGUGCUGUCACAAACAUGACUGCUGCUACGGAGAUGCAGAAAUUGCUGGUUGCCGAACCAAGACAAGAAAGUAUCAAUGGACAUGUGAAGACAGGACUGCAGAAUGUGAUGAUCUCAAGGACAAAUGUGAGAAGAUUCUCUGCAAAUGUGACAGGGAGGCAGCCAAAUGCUUGAGAAAGGCACCUUUCAUACGGAAAUAUGCUAUGUGGCCAGACUUUCUCUGUGGGUGUACACUGCCAACAUGUAAUAUCUACUAAUUCAAUAAAUGUACACUUGUUGAUUUUUACAUUUGCUGUGUGUCUAUUUAUGUUAAUAGAAUAUCAUAUGUAUCUCCUUCACAACAUUAUAAUGACAUGUAAUUGCAGUAAUAUUUCAGGGCAUUUUGUAUGGAUAUCUCCUUUUUUCCAUUUAUAUGAAAAGGAGAAACACUAUCACAGUGUGAAUAUGUCAUUAGAUAAACAAACUGUGUGAUGAGGCUCUCCAAAUUGAGCAUAGUGACCAGAAAUUACAAGCACAGGUAACAAACUAGUGUACAAAACAGAGAGAGCUCAGUAGUGGUUACAUAACAUCCCAGGGUUUAUUCUUAGCGGGUGAAAUGUUGCAGCCAAGGUGAGAUCAGGUAGCCUAAGUACUUACAAUAGUGUGUGUUGUGCCUUACCUUAUACUCCCUGAGGCUCUGCCGAGGUCUUGUUUCCACUGCUCUAAUCCUCUCUAACUAACCCAGCAUGAUAUUUCACCCCUUAAAAAGGAUUCUAAAAGCAUCCUGAGGUUUUCACCGGAUUUACGUUUUCAACUUAAUGUUUACUUUGCUGGAGCUCAGUAGCCGUAAAUUAUAAUAGACAGCACGUGGCCAACAGAUGGCGAUGUUGAAUGUUUACUGCAAAGCUAAGAUGCAUGUUCAUGUUACAGUUUACAGUAAAGAUGCAAACACGUUCAUACACUAUUAGUAGCAUACUGUAUACUUACAUCUAGCCUAAUGAAUUCUAAGGCAGACCUGGGUGCAAAUACUAUUUAGGGUAUUUCAAUUUGUCACGCCCUGACCUUAGUAUUCUUUGUUUUCUUUAUUAUUUUGGUUAGGUCAGGGUGUGACGAGGGUGAUAUAUGUGUUGACCCUGUCUCGGGUUUUUCUAUGUUUAUGGGGAUGUUUCUAAUCUAUAUCUAUGGUUGCCUAGAUUGGUUCUCAAUCAACGAUGUUUAUCGUUGUCUCUGAUUUUGGGACCAUAUUUAGGUAGCCAUAUUCCUUGGGUUAUUGUCUAUGUGUAGUUGCCUGUG